AUGGAGCGGUGGGUGACGAGAAGGACAGCCACUCGUCGCCUCAACCCGCCCAAACCGUAUCCUCCACCGCCUCCGCAGAUGGAUGUCAGGGUGGAUGGGUGUUCCUGGACUCUCUCUGCGGAUGACUUCGACGCCAAGGGUCGCUGGAGCGAACGUGACGAAUGUGAAGAGGGCUUGCGAACAUCGGAGCUGCUGUGA